ACCCUAAAUGUCUACCUGCGAAAAAAUUCAUUGGGUACAAAUUCUUCAAGGUCUCCAGUCUGCUGCGCCCAGUCGAUCGAUCGAUCAUGGCCAGGGUUGCACAAUUUGCUAAGCGCUUCGUAGAUGCUGCAUCGUCGCUCGGCCCCGCGAGCUACAACGCUGAGGUGGUAGGGGGUGAAGGAGUGGGUGCUGCGUCUUUGCUGUUCAGAAGGUGGGCUACGAAGAAAGCCGGAGGUUCGACUCAGAAUGGCCGCGAUUCUUUACCUAAAAACCUUGGAGUGAAGAAGUAUGGAGGACAGAAGGUAAUACCGGGAAAUAUCAUUGUCCGGCAGCGAGGCACUAGGUUUCAUCCGGGCGAUUUUGUAGGCAUGGGCCGAGACCAUACCUUGUUUGCACUUGCGGGUGGGCAGGUAAAGUUUGCGAAAGAUCCUUUGACAGGUCGCAAAUGGGUGCACGUAGAGCCAACUGGUGGCCCUCCCGUCCACCCUGCAUUCAGCCAACAAAAACCCCACCCUGGCUUUAGCCAUCUUAGCAGCUCCAAAAAUUCAGAGAAGGCUACUGCAGAGGUCACCAACUAGUUUAGUGCUAGCUUCUUCAGGGACGAGCAGGCUGUAAAAUAGUGCAAGCAGGACUGCGUUUUUUUGUCAAUGUUUGUGACCAGAAAAAGGCAUUCUUCUGAAUGCAACUAUGGGCUUGUUGAUCGGGAAUAUGAUGAAGACAGAAGCAUGACAUUAUGAUGCUGGCACGUACAGGUAGAAGGCAUGUCAUUGAAAAUGGUAUUAAGAAUUAUAGAAAUUUGGAAACCGGGCCAUUUUAGGAUUAUUCAUUACGAAAGGGAGCCGAGUUGUUGGCUUUGUUCAAUCUAAACGUGUUCGGCUGGAUAUUAUCUCAAAAUCGAUUUAAACGGAUCAACCAUA